AUGGCAUCUCGGAUUCCCCCGUCUCUUGCUGGAUCUGCGCGCCGCGCUAACAUCUUGAAGACGUGGCGGCACGCGAUUGCAGUGCGCGUGGGACGCUUUAACGAGGUAGAGCAGUGCGCUAUGCGCUCCCCCCGUGCGUCGCUCGGCUUCUCCCCUCUGCGACCCAAGCCCGUGGCUAAGCCGCCCAGCAAGAAGCCCAGGCCCAGGGAUGUGAUGGGUACCGCUGCUGCUGUGAAGCCCAGAACGGUGCAGAGCGGUCAAUCGACCGUCGCAGCUGCAGCAACCAAAGCCACGCCAGCUAAGGUGACGCCAGCAAAGGCGGCGCCUAAGGCGACGCCAGCUAAGGUGGCGCCGGCUAAGGCGACACCUGCAAAGGCGACACCAGCCAAGGCAACGCCAGCCAAGGCAACGCCAGCCAAGGCGACGCCAGCUAAGGCGACGCCAGCUAAGGCGACGCCAGCUAAGCCGACGCCAGCCAAGGCAACGCCAGCUAAGGCGACGCCAGUUAAGGGUGUUGUGGGAGAGAUGGUAGGAGAGGUGGAGGAAUGUGGUGAGCUGGAAUGGGGAGGCAUGGCAUGA